ACCGAGCCACAUGUUUAAGUAAAAGGAACUGUCUGAUAUGUGGUUGUGCCUUCCUCGUACCUAUUAUCUCAUUUAUUAUUUUCUGUGCUGUCUAUUUUUCUGCCGCCCCAUUACCUGCGAUACCUGUCAAUCCAGUAUCCCUGAUGGAAAAAAAUGCAACCGCGACGACUGCGCCCCGUAUAUUAACCUUCAAUAUGUUUAUGAGGCCGCCCGGAAUAAAGAAUAACAAAAAUGACUUUAAAAACGAAAGAUUGGAUUUCAUUGUACAAAAUAUUUUGCCAGCUUAUGACAUCAUUACCGUGCAAGAAGCUUUUGCCUACGCUAAUAGACGCAUUGAUAGGUUUUUGGCUGCCGCUUUUAAACAGGGUUUUUAUUACCAAGUCGCCUCCUCUAGACACUAUCCUUGGGACCUGGCUGGUGAUGGUGGUUUACUCAUUCUCUCAAAGUAUCCCAUUCAAAAAUCAGACAGGAUUGAAUUUCCUCGUGGUGUUCACUCAGACUGGCUGUCUUUCAAAGGUGCACUUCAUGCUCUCGUUGAGAUAGAUUCGACACAUUCCGUUCACGUAUAUACCACACAUACCCAAGCAUCUUAUGAUAAUAACGGUGCCAUCAAUUUUGACGAUACGAAGGUUCGAUUAAGUCAGUUUGCAGCUGUACAUCAAUUUAUAGCUGACACUGCUAAAGAAGACUCACAUCCAAUCCUACUGAUGGGUGAUCUGAAUGUAGACGCGGCUGCACACGACACUGAUAUAGAUGUACCAUCUCGUAAUAGUUCUCUUGCAUAUACCAUGAUGAUGGAUGUUCUUAUUGGAAAAGGAACCAAUCUUCAACUGCUGGUGAAUGACAAGAAUGUAUCGACGGUUGAAAAUAAAACCAGCUAUGGAGAUGAUUGGCACCUUGAUGGUUUGACAGACAUGGCUUACAAAUCAUUUGGUUACCAUCCCGUUACUUUUGGAGAUUAUAAGAAAUUAGACAAUGGAACACUUAUACCUGCUGAAACCAUCUUAACCAGUCAUAAUCAAUUGAUGACGGUCCAGAGUAUCGAUCGUUUACUUUGGUAUGGUAAAAACGAUACAAGGAUGUCGGUGAGUCAUGUGGUCGUUGAAAAUUUCUUCACAAAGAAUGACACUACGCUGCCAUUUACACAAAUAUCAGAUCAUUAUGGCCUUAGCGCUGUACUUGAAUGUAAUUAAAAAAUUUAUCUUAAACCAACCACUUUAUAAACUUCUUCCAUUGUGUUGUUUGCCACAUCAUUUGCCUUUUGGGCACCCUUAUCUAAUACAGUUUUAACAUAACCUUCGUCCGCUUGUAAACGCACUAAUUCAGAUUGAAUGGGAUGCAAUUUUUCAAUAAUGGACUCUGACACUCU